AUGAACCCAUCGUUGUCGUCAAAGGCCGGGAAGAAGCCCUCUCCGGCGCCGGCGAAUAAGAAGAAGAAGAAAAAGGAGCAUUGCACUCGGAACCCGUUACAGGAUCUCAAUGCCAUCAGCACCACUAGCAACCACGGCAGCGAGGCUUCGUCUUCAUCUUCAAUCUCCAUCGAAGCCCCACGAGGUUGCCUCAGGUUCUUUCUCUCUCAUUCAUCUUCUUCUAAUUUAAAAACCCCUAUACGCCCCAGGCCUAGAAAUCUCUCCAAAACCCAUGUUUCCAGAAACCCAGAGAAACCAAAACUCAAGACUAGUUCUUCUUGCUUGUAUCACAUGCCUAGUUCUAGGAAUGUCCAAAAGUUGAAAGCUUGUCCAGCUUUGAACUCCAAAGGUUGUUCCUUUGAACUCAAAGGUCAGUCCAAUGAGCUUAAAUCAGGUGCUGGUGAUGGAACUCUUACACCCUCAUGUAAGAAACCUACUGGGUUAGGUUUGGGAUGCAAAGUCGACAGGAAUGUGGAAGAAAAUUCUAACAAAAGUGAUAGUACAACUCCUCCUGUUCAGGCCUCUGUGUCUCCAGAGAUACAACUUGGAUCGUCUGCCGUGUCAUCAGCCUCGCUGGCUUGUUAUGCUGCCGGCCAUGUGCUGUCGGGGAUCACUGACAAGAGGAAGUGCAGGCCUAGGGGAAUUCUCAAUGUAGGAGAGAAUGAUUCAGGCUUUGGGAAAGGGAAGGGUUUGUGCAGUUUUGAGGAAGUGGUGGAGGAUGAGGAUGGAUCUGCCCAAGGAAUGGUUGGAGAUCCUGAUGCUUCUUUGGUGCCCUUACCUACUGAAGCUUCAAUGCAUUGGCUUUUGUCACCAUGUAAUGAGGAAGAUGAGGAUCACAAGGAGCAUUCUGAGACUAGUUUUCAGAAUCCUGAUGUGUCCCCCAAUAACCACUUGGAAAGUAGUACUUGCCGUAGCAGGAGGAACACUUCCAUUUCUCCAGGUGGAGUUCCUAAAUUUCAAGAAUUGUUAGAGCCCUUGAAUGAGCAUGUGCCUGUUUUGUCUUCUCCCCUUUGUAGACCUGGUUGUGAGGCUCUACCCUUGAAAGAUGAAAGACAAUGCACUUAUGAUUUUGAUGUCGGGAAUUCUCCGUUUUCUAUGGCUUCAAUGAGUAGUGGCAAUGUUAUUCUUACACCUCAAUCAGACUCGAGUGCAGAUGGACAUGCUGGCCUGUCACGGUCUAAUACAGACAACCGUAGGAAACACUAUGAGUCUGAACUCAAUUCAGUGGCUGAAGCUAUUCGGAUGGCGAGCUUGUCUCCAAACCGUCAGGUACUGAUUGAGGAUCAGAUUGAUUCAAGUUUCCAAUUUGAUUGUCUGACCACAACUUGUAAUUCGAUCAGUAGAAUACAGGAACUGUUGGAUGAUCAGGCUUCCUGGCAUCCCAACUCCACGUUAGAGUAUGUGUCACAAUCCCAGCUGAGGAUAUCAUGGAGAGAAGGUUUGAUGAGUCGUAUGUAUGACAUGGAUGAAGAUGAUUGCUGCAGAUGUUUAUCAGACGAAGAGGAAGAUAUCAAUGGCUGCAGCAAUGACCUUUCCAUAGAAUCCUGUCAAAGCCCUGAAAUCACUAAUAAUUUUAGGGGAGAUCAGAUUUUUACCGAUACUUCCUGGUCUGCUGAUAUACUGGAUGAUGAACCAGGAGUUACUGCAAAAGUUAUAGAAGACAUUCCUCCUCAAUCAUGUGCCGAAUCCAUAAGUACUGAUGGAGGCGGCCUGCUUGCUUCAAGGGAUUCAGAUUGGAAUCUCUGCUACAAGAAUGAGCUCUUCCAUGUUUAA